GUUGAUUUCCAAUUUUCGCGCCUUAAUGUAGAAAAUUUGAUAUUUAAUUCAAAUUCCAAAAAUCUUUUUAAGUAGUUUGUAGGCUCAAUCUCUUCCGUUGCAGCAUGCGUUACCAUUUAAAAAAUAUUGUUUAACGAACACCUAUGUAAAAAUAUCGUUCCAAAAUUAUUAGUCAUCAAAUUACCAGGCAAGGACAAGUUUGACUGAGGAUCCGGUUGGCAGGUUCGAACUUGUCUCUCUUGUUUACCUUUGUUCUCGUCCGACUGACAUUUGAAUUUUGACAGCUAACAUUUGGUUGAAAUUAGUGUUUGCGUAUGUGUUGUAUCGUUCCGGUUUUAGCGAACGAAAUACAAGUAUAUAUUUUGGCAGGCUUUUAGGAAUAUAAUUAUGAUUUCUGUCAAAGGCAUUUGAAUAAAUGCUUACAGGAUUUAUGAAGGUUAUUGAACGUACCUGUAUGAAUUAAAUUUUGAAAAUAAUAAUGGCAUUCAAGGCCAGGCUUCAGUUUUUUACAGUUUUCUUCCUAUUGUGUCUAUCUGGUACUGGAAAUGCAUUUCUAAACUGGAUUUGGGGGUCCAGGCCGGCUGAGAAAAUUGCUGACAAUUCAAACAAUAAACAAGAUUUUGGGUUGAAAUAUGAUGCACCAAAAGUCGUACAGUACGAAGGCAAAGCAGAAGACAAGAAAUUUGCAGAAGACGCAAAGAAAUACUCACUUUCUUCACAGUCGGAAUUCGAUACAUGUUAUCGUGAGGUUAUCGUGAAGAUAAAGACCACUUGUUUGACUGCCUCUGAAGAUGAUCUGUCGAAACUGAGUGUAAAUCUGCUGAAUUGUCAUUCGGAGCAAGGGGGCAAGGACAUAUUUCCAUGCACUGAACAAAUGACGCUGAGGGAGUGCACGCAGCGCAUGGACACGGAGAUGUGGACGGCGUACCACGUGAUGAACCUGAAGACGCGGGCCUUGUGCUACUCGGCGCGGCAGCUCAGCCAGCACGACCAGAACCGGGAGAAGGUGAACCAGCUGGCGGAGGCCCUGCGGGACCAGUUCCUGUCCUUGAUGUCCGUCAAGGAAAAGCAAGACAACCUGGAAACUGUGACCUUCGGAACCAAGGACAUGAUGUCCAGAACCAAAGAUGCAUUGGAGUUGCACGUGGAUACUCUCAAUGCCAUGCAGGAGGACAUUGAUAAAUUAUUUGGGCUGAAGAUUGCAGAUCUGGUUGAUAUAAAGAUUUCAACCGAUGAUCAACGCAAAAUGUACAUCCAGUACAGAUUAGACGUGGAAAGAAAUUUAGAGGCAAUUCAUGAACAGCUGAAAAGAGAAGCAGAAGAAAAAAAAGAAGACUACUCUAAGAUACUUUCCACAAUGGGACUUAUUAAAGAAACAGUUGACACAACAUUAGAGCUUAUGGAAUCCAAGCUUGCUGCGCUGCAAGGACUGGUAGAAGUGUUGAUGAAUGAGCCGGAGGGAGUCCUGGAUGCCCUGUCCAAUGUCUCGAAUGUUGUUGAACCCGUAGAGUCGUUGUGGCACAGUAUUGAUUCUUUCCUGACCGAGGCUGAUGGUUCCAUGGGCAUCGAAGGCAUGCGGCUCGGCUCGCUCAGGAGCAUGGCCGUGCAAGUGCUGGUGAUGCUGGGUUGCGUGAUGUUCUGCUCGUUCUGCGACGCCGGCUUCUUGAGCCACGCCUUCGCCUUCGCCCUCUACGCGAACCUGCUGUGGAUGUGUUACGGCGAAGCUGCCACAGGCCUGGAGCUCCACGUCCUCGCCACCGUGUUUGCCUCUCUCAGAGCAGUGCAAUGGUUUGUUACAUGCAUGUAUGGUUUUCUGCGUAUCACUGAUAACAAGGUUGGCAGUAUCUACACGCUAGAAAAUAAUGCGUAUGUCUCUGUCAAAGACGAGAAAAAAUUUUUCUCUUCUUCAAAAGACAGUGCAGUAGGAUUUUUUGGCAAACCGUGGCAGAAACUGCGUACCCUGUUUCAGAAAAUUAAGCUCAAAAAGUCAGAUGAAUAUGGUGGUGAUGAUAUUCAUGAAGAAAAUGGUCUUAAUGGUACUGGCUGUAGAACUUACUGUAAUGAAGAUGAUGUUGACAGUGAAAACUCAUCUGAUGAUAAGCUAAAAGAAACAGACGAUGACGUUACGCCAUUUAAGCGUGGCAGUAGCUCGAGUCGCCCACUUUCCCCUGUUGCAAAGCAGCUCAUUUCGCACAUUGGUGGGUGGCGGACGCCCGAGCAAGGCUUGGAGCAUCGGCAGAGAAGUGCAACUCCAACCAAGCAGUUGCCAGACAGGAGAAUGCAGUCUGCCUUCAGCCCCUUGAAGCCACUUUGCUCGGUGACAAAUCCCAGUGGUGCGCGAUGCUUAAAUACGCCCCAGCACGGGCAAGAUGCCUGCUCCCUGCACUGUGGACUGUCUUUGAGAAGACUACGAUGACAAUUGGUCUGUACUCUUCAACAGUUACUAGAGAUUUAGACGGGCCACUAAUUUGGUCUGUUUAGCUGAGUCACAGUUAAACCUCGUUACAAUGCACCUCACUUUAAAGGAUUUCUCACUUUAAACAUUUAAAGCAUACAUUUUCAGACCCUGCAAUAUGUUUUACAGUUUGUAACAAUUUUGUAUAAAAUUCUUUCAUUUAUUUAGUUACAAAACUAGGUAUUUUCAGGUAUGUUGUAAUGAGAUUUCACUGUAAAAGGCAUCUUUACUGACAAAAAAAACUGCUUUCAGGGCAAUUAUAAUAGUUUUAAUAAUAUACAAUUUCAUCUAAAGAAUUUAUUUUACUUGAAGUUAAAAAUCCUUAAAGGCGAGGUCGUUUUGUCAUGAGGUUUCACUGUACAUUAAAGGUUGGUUGAACUAUCCUAAAGACAUGUAAUACAUUUUUAUAUGUACAGUUAUAUUGUAAAUUUUAGAGUUGCUGAUUAAAAGUCAGUUGGGCAAAGUAGAUUUGCAUCAGAUGCAGUGUGAUGGUUGUGAUUCACUUAGGCCACUCUUUGUGUAUAAACCUUAAUAGAGUACCGCAUCUUGGUGAUCGUUUAGUAUUAAAAGGAUGUGAUGGGGUCCCCAAAUGUGUAAACUCAAUCAAGCUUAAGAUAACAUAUUUUUGGUAUUUGAAUCGUAACUAAGUAAAAACAUAAAACAGUAUUUUUAGGACCUUUUGUUCAGCAUAAGUGGCAGUUUGAAAUUUAUUUUUCAAUACAGUCAUUAUGUUGUAGCAAUUAAUGCCCUAAUUAAUUUUCUAAUAAGUCAAUUCACAAUUUUUUUUGUCCCAUCAGCUUUUCUGUUUUGAAAUGUAUGCUACUGGUGUGUGGAUUAAAUGAUUGCCAUAACUUAAAAUGACCAAUAAUUACCUCAGUUUUUGAGCGAAUCCAUGAUUGCUAAAACAUGUGAUUACUGCAAACGUAGAUACUAAAGAAUUGUAAAUUGAUCUGAAAAGUAGGUUAUAUGUUUCGAGCUACACUUGUAACAAAGUUACUAUUAAAGAAGCACUACAAAUUUUAAAAUGAAGUACUUCGAAAUUCAAAUAUUUUAGAUACAUAAAGUAAUGUAUGACAAAUGGGAAAAAAGGUUACAUACUAGUUUUGUUUUAUAGUUAGUUUUUAUAUUUUUUUAAACUUUCGUUAUUAUAUCCAGUAAAAACUUGAUCCAGAGUUACAUACAGACUAUGUUGUGUACUUAAUUUGCAGGUAAUCUAUAGAAAUUGCUCAGCCUAGAGAUACGAUUUUAUGGUUUUAUUUUUGUAAAUUCAUGUGGCUACACCCAUUAUUAUUAUUAUUAUUAUUAUUAUUAUUAUUAUUAUUAUUAUUAUUAUUAUUAAAAACUGAUAAAUUAUCUGUACAAUUAUAAGGGAAAAUAUUUGCACGUUAAUGAAAUUUAAAAUUUUUUAAAAAAGCAGCUUGAAACUGAGACAAUUCAAUAUACUUUUAUGAAUACUGUAAAAGAGUACAAUUGUUAAAAAUACCUUUAAAAAUCACACAUACAUUUAUAUUCUUAGUUGGUAGUUGAUGAUAAUACCUAGGGGUCAGGUAGCAAGGUAUUAUAUUCUCACCUUUCAAAGAAAGAAAUUGUUAACUAUAACAAAAAAAUGUGAGUCUUUCAGUACUCGCCAGUGAUGUGUAACAUCUAACCUCGGUAACAAGCAAAUUCAUGUGUUCUCAUGUAGCAUAUACACUUAUAAGACACAAAAUUUAACGUAGAAUUCUUUAAAAUAAUGCUGAGCGUGAUAGAUAGAUGCAAAUUGUGUUUUCAACUACAUUUCACGCAAAUCAUUCGUAGUUUCCACACCCACUGCUAGAAUUCUCUGUCGGAACAGUUGUUUUUGACAAUUAAUUUAUUUUAUAAGUAGACGAAAAUUUCAGUGUCUAUAAUGAAACGGCUCCGAUAAAACGAAAAUGGCUUUGGGCAUAAUUUUCAACAAGAAAUUUUAUUAAAAUACUACCCAGUUUGUUAAAUUUCAUUAAAAAGUUAACACUAUAAAAAUUCCCCAUAUUUUUUUUUCAACUUUGGUUUGUGCCAUACACCUACAGAUGGCAGCACUGAGGUUGUUUAACACAUUUCCAUUUAUUUACUUCCGUUGCAUUUACAUAAUUACUCCCACCAAAUGCUGUAUAGGUAAGAUGUUACACAUCAAUUCAGUGUUUAUUUUGGUGUAACUUAAAAAUUUAUAUUAGGCAUUAAAUAGUGUUUACUCAAUGAUCAAGAGUUUUGUGUCAAAGCAAUUGUGUAAUUAGACUCUCUGCUCUAGAAGUACAUUUUGGAAUAUUAGAUAAGUGGAUUAUUAUUUACUUGAUUUUUUGAAGUGCUUUGUCUGAACAAAAAUACUAAAUAUGUGAUAUUUUCUAUUUAUAGGCGAUGUUUUAGUUUUGUGCAGCAUGUUUUGGCUGUGAAUUGUGUAGUGAUUCUAUCUUAUAUUGCUAUGUUGUUGAUUUUUGUUAAAAAAGAAAAUGUUUUAUGGAGAAAAAAAAACAUAACUAUUUAACAACAAUUUUAUAUUGUAUGAUUCAAAUAUGUUCUUGAAUGCUUGUUUUAAAAUAAUGAUUUGAUUAAUAUUUCAGUUAAUUGAUUUUGUAGUGGUUUAUGUGAACUUUUGUAAAUUUUGCAUUAAUAUAUAUUUUUUUUUUUUAC